AAGUCUUUGACGUAAGUGCAUAAUAAACCAGCAGUUCUUUCCGCGCAAUAUCCGCAAUGGCCCGUAAAGCCAGCGACAGGAAAGUCAGAUUGACUCCGUAAGUUGAACAAGAUGGCCUUGAGCGCUAAGUCUCUCCGGCUGUUGUCCUUCGUCCAUGUAGCGCUUGGUGUUUUAGCGAUUAUCGGAGGUCUUGCCGCAAUGUUAGUGACAAAUUAUUACAAUGGACUGUAUGGCAUGGGCAUCUGGCUAGGCUGCUGGAGGCAAUAUUUGCCUUGUCCAAAAUUUUCCUUUUUGUUGCAGGUAACACUUGCAAGCAGUAAUAGCCGUCAUUCAUCAUUAUCUCGUUAUUCCCAACGGAACAUUGCUACUUUACCCAUAGCAGAGUUAGGGUAUAGUCAUCAGAACUGGGCAGAGGUUGUCUUCCAAGGAGCUAUACCCCAACCCCUACAGCCUAUUCAAGGUCAUUUCCUACAGCAUCCAGAUUUUCAGUUUUUUGCACCAUACAAAUUACCGAAUUAUGCUGAACUUUACCCAGAGGGCAUUGUUAACCCUGGCAACACACCUGCCAGUGAGGACACCAGGCUACAGAUUGUGCCAAAUGAACCACCUCCAGCAUACACACCAACAGAAAACCAAGAACUUUGUCAGCUUCCUGGCUCUUCAUUGGGUGCCUCCUUAAAUUCACACACAGCAUUGCCAACUGAAGGAAGUGCAUCAGGUCAAGGGUCAACAACAAAUAUUUCGGCUAGAACCUUGACACCAGAAAAUACGAAUGUAUCAGAAGCAACAAGAGUGUCACAACUUUCCAGUAGAGAACACCCACAAUUUUCAGAGACACCGUCAGAAAAUCUAGUAUCAUGUACCUCAGUUCUUACGCUGCAUGCGGAGAAUUCAACUUUUUCAUCACUACCUGUGACAUCUUCAGUAGCAGAUACUUCAGAAAUUGUUAGAAGAUCCUCAAGUUUUUCAUCUGUAUCACCAGAAGUUUCUUUGACUUCACUACCAAACUCAGUGCAACUCACUCUAGACAUGGAUCACAUAGCAUCAUCUGAAUCACAAAACAACACUGCACAUCGUGAAACUGUUACUACUCCUGUUGAGACAAAUGGAGAUACAUUCACAGUGAUAACUACAUUGUAGCCAAGAAAAUAACCACCAUACUGGCUAACAAGAGAAAAAAAAAAAAAGAAGCAUAGCCUUUCUGGAUUGCUAGAGAAUGACAUUCCCUGAAGAAUGUUAACUGUUACUGUUUUGCUUCAGCCUAUAGGCCUGGGCUGAAUAGAUGAGCUGAACAAAUUGGAUUAAACCACUUUGAUAUGGAGAGGGCUUGAAAUUUGGCUAUGCCUGAACAGCUGGACCCAUUUUCUAAUAACUAUGAAUCUAGUCAUAAUAAGGGGUCAGGAAUGGUAGAGCUCCCAAAGUAAAUAUCCUUUGUUGAAUCUCUCUUUUACGGUUCUUGACAACUAAACAUAACAUAGUUCCUGAGAACUUGGCUUACUUUAGGAAGAAUUUCAUGUCCACUUUUUGACACAUACAUAUUAAUCUGAUAAAAAUUAAUUUGCAGACAAAUACCCUGCUAAGGGUUACCAAUUAGUAUGGUAUCCACUCCUUCCUCCUUUUCCUCAGCCUUUUUUAACAUUGGCAAACCAAUAUCACAUUUUUGUAUGUAAACUAAAGAGUUGAAACAUUUUCUUUGAGAUGGGAGCAAAAGUAAUUUCUAGCCCUAAUGUACAGCUUUUUUCCUAUCCUUUUUGAACCUGUCUUUGAUAUAAAGUUUUGUACCUAUGGCAACCAUUUUUGCUGCACUGUGGUACAAAAUAAAAAUAUCUCUAUUUUUGGCAAAAUGUGUUUAAUCUUUUACAUGAUCCCCCUGCACCUACUUAGUAAAUUUAAUAUACACUCAUAUUUAAGUAAAGUGGCUUAAAAGCAGGACAUAAUCCAAUUUAGCAACUUUAUUAUUUAAUAGGUGUAAAUAUAUUUUCCUACAAAUUCAGUUGUGAUAUGCCAUUAAUAAUUGCAAAUUUCAUGGUAAAUAAAAAUAUUAAUAUUUUGUUCAUA